AUGGAGGAAUGGGCAACAGUGACUGAUGAUCCCGAUGCCAUCAUAAGUAUUGCCAUCUCCUUAGACUCGGUUCUUGCGUCAAAAUACGGCUCAUUGACAGUAUUGGAGGGUGCAUCAGCAACACCAACCGGUCUAGCUACUAGUAAUGGUGCCACGCUAGGUGGAGCUGGAUGCCCUGAAGGAAACCCUCCUGACUCUACAAUUAAGGAUGGGGCAUACGAUGGAAUGGGUGAUGGACAGUCCGGAAUUAAGGCUUUCGGGGUAACUUGUGCCUAUAAAGGUAUAAACCUGCUAAUCGGCGACGAAGGCAAGGAAGUGGGGAAAUUGGUGUGCGAUAAAUAUCGAGAUGCGACUUAUUAUGCCGGGUUUGGUGAUAAGGGAGAUUGUGAGACGUGGGAAGAGGUAUACGCGAUCAUGACCUAUAAAUGGUGA